ACCAUGGGUAUAUUUAUCCUGGCAGCCCGACUUCUGCUCCACAAAAAUAUAUACACUCUAUUUAAUUUCCUUGACUCUGAGAUUGUGUUACGAAACGACAGCUCAAGUCACGCAUAUCAAUAUGUGCUGACAGUAAUACAUCAUCGAAGCAGCAAACUCGGUAAUCGCCCAUGACGAAGUUCCAAUAAAUACACCUAACCACAAGUUGAGCUGGUACAAGCGCAGUUGUUAACGACUACCCCAAUUCAAUUGAGCUCAAAUGAAAAUCAAUAUUACCAAGCCUUCUACAAUUAUUUAGUUGAUUCAAGUUUCACUGUAUCGAUAAUCAGUCACAAAGGCGCAAGUGUGUUCUGGGAUAAACCACCAAUGGCCAGGUAGAUGAAGCCCAUCGACUAAAUUGGAAAUAGUGUAGGUCCAAGUGGUUCAAAUUCUGAGUAUUUGUUUAAACUUUGUGAUUCAAGUAGACAAUUAGGUCCAGAAAACGAAGUGAGUGACUUUUAUUUAGAAGAGCUUUCGAAGAGAGUUAAACAACUCAAAUAAGACUGAUUGAACAAUGUCACACUUGAAUAUGAAUAGCUCUACGCAAUCAAACAAUCAAGGACACUCAAAUUGACAUCUGGAAAUGAAUUCGAUUUAUGGAUAUUAUAAUCUCUGUAUCAUCAUAUGUAUUGAUAAAUUUUACACACAUAUGAAAAAAGACUAAAAACUUACGGGGAGCAUCAGAGAGAAAAAAUUCUAAAAAGGUGAUAAGAAAGAAGUAGCUGAAACUCACCAAAGGAACAGAAGGAGUAUUGUCCUGAUCUUGAGACUAAUUUUAAAUGUAUGCCAUGAUUGAGAAUCCACAAACCCAGUCCACAAACUCAAAAC